CGACACUCCAUGGUGGAAUCGAUGGGUUUCGCGGACGAGCGGCGACUCAAUGUUCUUGUGCUGUCAAACAUCCGUGGAAACAUCGAGAUGGUGAACAAGCUCUGCGACCACAUCAUCCGCCAUUACGCUGUCGACGUCGUGUUCGUUUGCGGGAACUUCGUGAUGCCGCCCGUGUCAAAAGGUACGACCACGGAAGCGUCUCUCGCCGCCGCAGAAGGUGAUAUGACAGCCAUCUUGUCGCGACUGGAGAUGAUCGUGUGUCGAGUCAUCUACAUCCCUGGGCCGCACGAUCCGCCAGCAACAAAACGAGCCCAUGAGCUCCAGAAACCUCCACGACUGACUCCUCAUUCGGUCAACUGUGACAAGGUCAAGGUUUCGCUCACAGCCGACAUCGACGACAUCCGUCCAGACGAACUUCAUGCAUCUCGGUGGAUGGAGCUCGUUGUGGAAGGGUCGAUGGAAGACCAUAUUCCACUCGAAGUGCGAACGGAAUACGCCGCGGAAGUGUUGGACGACUGGAAGAACAACGUGUACGCGAACCUGGCACGUCUUCCGUGGUGCUGCCGCAUUGCCCCCAACGCAAAAUCGAGAGAAGGGCGAAUCGAGUGGAAAGAGAAGGGCCAACUGUUGUUAACACCAGGAUGGCUUGAUGCCGGUUACUUUGCCGUCCUAACGAUCACCCAUCGAGACGCCGACGAGAACGACGGUGACGUCGGUUAUGAAGUGACGUAUUGCACCAUCGAGCGAGUGCCAGUGGAAGCGUGAUAAUGGCGAUUAGCGAGGGACGACUAGAUGAGACAACGACGGCGCUUGGAUGCUGCGACGAAAUGGCACCGAGAUUGCUCGUGGAGGGGAAUUCGAAUGCGGUACUCCACCUCGCCCUACUGGAAACGUGAUGUGCGUCUCAUUUUGGUGUCGAUGGGUCAUACGGUUGCGCUGGGUGCGGACGACCGUGGCGGCAUGCAAGAGUCGA